AUGGACCCCUUUCAGGAGGCAUUUCAGAAAAUGGAGAAGAUUGGGGAGGGCACCUACGGCGUGGUGUACAAGGCUCGCAACAAGUGCACGGGGCAGCUGGUGGCCCUUAAGAAGAUCCGCUUGCAUGUGGAGACAGAGGGUGUCCCCAGCACCGCAAUCCGAGAAAUCUCACUGCUGAAGGAGCUGAAGCACCCCAACAUAGUCAGACUCCUGGAUGUUGUACACAGCCAGAAGAAGCUCUGUCUGGUGUUUGAGUAUCUGAAUCAAGACCUGAAGAAAUACAUAGACUCAUUUGGAACUGGAUUGCUUCCUCCAAGCUUGGUGAAGAACUACCUUUUCCAGCUGCUGCAGAGUGUGAACUUUUGCCACUUGCACAGAGUCAUCCACAGGGACUUGAAACCACAGAAUUUGCUCAUUAAUGAAGCAGGAGCAAUCAAGCUUGCUGAUUUUGGACUGGCAAGAGCUUUUGGUAUCCCCCUGCGUGCAUACACUCAUGAGGUGGUGACUCUGUGGUAUCGAGCUCCUGAAAUACUGCUGGGGUGUAAACACUAUUCAACUGCUGUGGAUAUCUGGAGCAUUGGCUGCAUUUUUGCAGAAAUGGUGACCAAGAAGGCCCUGUUUCCAGGGGACUCUGAGAUUGAUCAGCUCUUCCGGAUCUUUCGUAUCCUGGGCACACCCACUGAGGUGACCUGGCCUGGGGUGACCCAGCUGCGUGAUUACAAGGAAGACUUUCCCCAGUGGGCAAGGAAGGAGAUGAAGGAAAUUGUUCCCAACUUAGAUCAAGAUGGUAGAGACUUACUGGUGCAAUUGCUCCUGUAUGACCCCAGCAGGCACAUCUCUGCCAAGGCAGCCCUCGACCACCAGUACUUCCGGAGAAGCUCUCGAAACCCUGAACAGCACCUUGCGCCGCAGAGACAGUGCAAAUGA